GGCUCCUCGCGCCUGCGUACUGGGCCGGACGGCGCGCUGCGUCGUUACUUUUGAAACGCCUGGCGGGGAACUGCCGCGGGAGCCGCCGAGGUCGCUGUCUGCCGGCUGCGCGCGCGUGCCUUCGUCCGUGGGCCUGGCCAUGGCGCUGCAGCUCGCCCGGGAGCAGGGCAUCACCCUGCGCGGGAGCGCCGAAAUCGUGGCCGAGUUCUUCUCAUUUGGCAUCAACAGCAUUUUAUAUCAGCGUGGCAUAUAUCCAUCUGAAACCUUUACUCGAGUGCAGAAAUAUGGACUCACCUUGCUUGUAACUACUGAUCUGGAGCUCAUAAAAUAUCUAAACAACGUGGUGGAACAACUAAAAGAUUGGCUAUACAAGUGUUCAGUUCAGAAACUGGUUGUAGUUAUAUCAAAUAUUGAAAGUGGUGAGGUCCUUGAAAGAUGGCAGUUUGAUAUUGAAUGUGACAAGACUGCAAAAGAUGAUAGUGCACCCAGAGAAAAGUCUCAGAAAGCUAUCCAGGAUGAAAUCCGUUCAGUGAUCAGACAGAUCACAGCUACAGUGACAUUUCUGCCACUGUUGGAAGUUUCUUGUUCAUUUGAUCUACUGAUUUAUACAGACAAAGAUUUGGUUGUACCUGAAAAAUGGGAAGAGUCGGGACCACAGUUCAUUACCAAUUCUGAGGAAGUCCGUCUUCGUUCAUUUACUACUACAAUCCACAAAGUAAACAGCAUGGUGGCCUACAAAAUUCCCGUCAAUGACUAAGGAUGAGAUGAGGAAAAUCAUGUAAUAUAUAAUUUUUAAAUGUGGUUUUCCUGAACCCAAGUCAACUAUAGUUGAUAAUGUUUUAUUUCAUUGGUUAAUUUUUAGAUGGGGAAAACCAACAUUAUACUUUACUGAACUAUGUGUAAUUGUUCCAUUUUUUGGUACCUUUUUGACUUACCAUAGUGUUGACAUAGUGAAUUCAUUGCACAUUGUUCAAAGGGAACCAACAGAUUUUUGUCAGAACUGUAAUGUUAACUUUGUUGAAGGUGGUAACUGUAGAUGGAAGAACUUUUGCUAUGAAGCUAAGUACUUACCCAAGUCAGACAUUUUGGUCAAGUAGCUUGACUCAAUAUAGGUAGGGAGAAAUUUAAAUAUAAAAUACAGCAAAAGAAGUACGAAUAUUCAGAAUCUUCGUUUAAAUCCUAAAAAUAACUAAUAAUCCAUAAGUAAUAACAUAUUGCUCUGUUACAUCCUUUUGUCAUUUAUUUCAUUGUAUAGUUUCCAUAUUGAAUACAUUUCCAAUUAUUUGAUUUUAAUUUAUGUAACUUGAACCCAUGAAGCAAUGGGUAUUUCUACUGUUUAAUUUACUGUGAUACAGAACUCUUAAAAAUUUUUUUGUGUGAGUUUUAUAAAAUCAAGCUUUAAAUGAAAAUGGGGAAAUAAAGUUAAAUUUGUAUAUUUUAAAAUUUGUCUUAAAAUAUUUUGAUAACAUAUGUGGCAUUAAUACAGUUAAAUGAUAAAAUGGAUUCAGUAUAGCAAAUUAUUUCUCUUGCUUCUUAGGUUAUAGUGUCUAAGGAUACAAUGUUGAAUGAUGAGUAAGCUUUGAUUAUACCCCCUUCAUCUCAGCAGUAGACUCAGAAAAAUCUAUUGCUUCAUCAUUGUGAAAGGAUAGAUGUCCUGGAGUUAGUUCAGUUUAACAAAUGUUGGAUGUGGGACCUUUCUAUACCAUUAGGCCUAGUUCCUGUCAGCCUAGUUCCUGUCAGCCUAGUUUUCCUUAUAUAUUUAAAUACCAUGCUUAUUCCUGUGCGUUCAUCAAUACUGUCAUCAAAUAUAUGCUUCUAUUCAGUUCUCACCUGUUUUUCCAAGGUCAAUUUAAGGCAGACUUCUAAAAAGUCUUUUCUAAUCUUUAUUCUACAACUUAUCUCAUUUUUUAUUCAAUUUAUUAAUGCUAAACACUUGGUAUUAGGCCCUGUUCUAAGCUCUUUAUAUAUAUUAACUUACUGAGCCUUCACUAUUACUAAAUGCACAUAGUCUGUAUCCAUUCAUUCAAAAAUGACAGACAUAGUAUUGUGACAAAUGCUGUGUGUCAGGUGCCAGAAUGAAUGAAACAAGUCAUGGCCUUUCUAAAGCUUGAAAUCCUAACAAGAGAAAGGAAAAUAUACUGUAAAGGACUGAAGUAACGAAACAAGUUUACUCAAUUAUGUAUUUCUUUGUCUUUGUUAUUUCACUUGGGUGAAUCAUAUCUCUUUGAUUCAAUUGUGUGAGAGAAUAAAGAGCAAUGUCUUACAUUCUU